GAUAGUCAUCUCAUCCACAAGGUCAUCGUCAAUGGAAAGGCUUAUAUAGCAGAUGUGGCCUUUGGGGUGUCUUUCCAGAUUUGGGAGCCCAUGGAGCUCGUCUCUGGAAAGGAUCAGCAUCAGGAGGCGGGCGUCUUUCGAGUCUUAGACAAGGGGGACAAGUGGGUUCUUGAGAAGACGAGCAGAAAGACCAAGGUUCUCAAUCCAGACUUUGCUAAAUCUAGUCUUGUGAAGAGGCAGGAGACAACGGCGAUAUACUGCUUUACCUUGGAGCCUCGAGAGGUUGAGCAUUUCUACGAAGCAAACAACACACUUCAGACAGAUCCUAAAUCGCUGUUCAUGAAUAAAUCCAUCGUGUCUCUGCAAACAGCGACAGGAUUCAGAGCGCUUGUGGGCUGGACCUACAGCGAGGUCACCUUCAAACCAGAGGAAGGUGUCGAUGUCUUCGACCUGAGAAACAUAGAAGAUGAGGAGAAAGAGCAAGUUCUUCUGGAGAAGUUCGAUAUAAAGCUGCAGAAGAAACUGCAGCUUGUAAGCAACAAAACCUGCUACUCACUCUAAAACAGUGGUUCUCAACUGGUCAGGCCUCGGGACCCACUUUUACCUUCGUCAAUAAAUCGCGACCCGAAAUCUUGAAACACUCAAAUCGUGCAGUAAUAUAUACGCUUUUCAGCAUACAUUAUUAAUUAAAGUGAAGUACAGUGCAUAUAUCCCUGAUAUCCCUUC